GUCUUGCUUAAGUGCGCCAUCUGUCCGCAUGUCAGAUACAGCAGAGGACAGCUAAUGAAGCUGAAUUGACCACAGAAAUAUCACGAUACUUUUCGCAGGCGCUGUUCCGAACUUCGACCAUAGAUGGGGAAGUACUGGGGUAAUCUUGCCAAAAUUAGCGGUAUCGUCUAUUUCCGACUUAGCCCGCAUGAACAAAAAGCCUUCAAAGGAAUAAUUUCCGAAGGAGUACCAAAUCUUUUACGUCGGUUCCAGGGCAGUGUAUUUCGUGUAGCGCCUUUCUUCAUGUUUACAUAUUUGCUCAUGGAGUGGGCUAAAGAGAAGAACAGAGAAAUACACCGCAAAAACCCAAAGGAUUAUGAAAAUGAUACAUAAAAUAUGUUGCUCAUGAAUAAUUUCCCUAGCCAAUGACUCUUAGCUUCUUGUGAAAUAAUAAUCUAAAUGUUCUUUCCAUCCUCGCGAUAAAUAAAACAUAUAUGUGACGCAAGAUGA